AUGUCCACUUGUGAUGGCCUCAGUGAAUUCGUCGACGAAGACCUCAGCGCGUUCAACAACGUGCUUUAUCGCGUUCACCGAUGUUUCCAAGAUGCUUUAACAAAACAAGUUCGGAGCGAAGAAGAGCAUCAAAAGCUCAUUGACCGGGCCUUCUUCUUUGAAGAAAGUGGCCUAGACAUGAUUGCCUCCAAGUUCCGUGACUACUACCAUCUUCACUCUUUCCCUGCUAAGAGUUCAUCUGGUGUAUUGACACCGGCUCAGCUUGCCAGCUGGGACAGUUUUCAUAUGCCUCCUUGCAACUUAAAAACUUCUCCUCCGCUCAAUUAUCUUCGUGAAGUCCUUCCUUCCUCUGAUUUUCAGCCUCACGUUUGGACACCGGAGUACCGACAAGUCCUCGAAGAAACACCGGCCCCCAAGCGCAACUGUUCCAGCAAGAAGAAUAAGGCUCAAAGUCCAUCCGCAAGCUCCAAAAUUGAGGUCGAGGAGGUUCCUCCUCCUUCCAAAAAGGCAAAGUUUACCCGAUCCUCGAAGAACAUCAAAGUCACUACUACAGAGCCAGAGUCUGUGUCAGAGGCUGAAGAAGCGGUGGAUCCUCACGCCAAUGAGGAAGAGACCAAAAAUUACGAUUCUGGAGAGUCCGAGGUCGAUCAACUUUGUUCAUCUCCUGUAGUCCCCUUGGCUCACUUGAAGUGA